AGGAAACUUAACCGGAACGAGCACUUUUCAGGACAAUAUGCACCAAUAAUCGGUGAGCCGUCGAGCAUCCCUCAGCGGGGUCAAUGUCCCGGCGGUCCGUCGUUGCCGAUCCAGUGUGAUCCAAAACGCCCAUGGCCUGCAUGCCCACCACAGAGCUAUUGCUAUGCAACCAAUUCGGUUGAUGUUGGACCAUAUUUCUGCUGCCCAAUCUGGUCCACUUAUGGCUCCUUGUGGCGUCCAUCAGCACCGAGCUAUAACUACGUUCCACCGAUGCCAACCAACUGGCCAAAUUUGAUUCGCUCAACUGCUAACUGGCCAGCUUCAUCCUACGGAUAUCAGCAACAA